UGGGGAGACCGCAGGUGUAGACUCGCUCGUGCAGAUGAAGGAGCGCAGAUGCAAGAUUUGGCAGCCCAAGCUAGGUUCGCAGGUGCGGAGGUAAUCGCACAGAAGCGGCCUCGCUUCUGCUAUUGGUCUGUGCGCAGGAGCGGUGAGGGUCGCAGGAGCGCAUCCGCGGUCUCUAUUCCGGCCAUAACAGCCACUUCUCAGACCAGGGGAGAUGCUCAGACACCUGCUUCCCGAACACUAGAGCAGGUGGUACAAAGACUCCAGACAUCGGGGGCACCACCAGCCCAGCCGUUGCAGCUACUAAGGACUAUGUGUUUCUGGUUUCUUGUGUUUUCGCACUUGCGGUGGGGAGACAGUAGGUACGGACUCGCACGUGCGGAUGAAGGAGCGCAAAUGAUGGAUUUGGCAGCCCUAGUUGGGUUUGCAGGUGCGGAGCCAUAUAUACCAUGUCGACGUUAUGGUAAUUUUCGACUUGCCGAUAUCUAUGGAGACCAACCACCAUGGGAGAUAUUUGGAGCUUCUGAUUAUCCCGAAGAGAAGGUUCACUAUUUUUUUACUCGGCUGAAGAAGCAGAAGAGAGAACAUAUAAGGGUACGCCGAACUUGCGCCAACGGGAGAUGGAAAGGCCAAACAGGUAUUGAUCCUAUCAAGAAUGGUAAGGGAACUGUGGUUGGGUUUAGAAGAUGUUUGAAGUUUCAAACUAGUCGUAGUAAAGAAGGAGAGCACAAUAAAAUUUGGCUGAUGAAAGAAUAUUCAGUCGGGGAUGAUUUCUUUAGAAAAAACAAUAUUCUUAAGGAGGAUGUUGUUGUGUGCCGAAUCAAGAAGAAUAUAAGAGCUGAGAAAAAUCAUGGGGUAACUAUGGAGGAACAAGAUGUUGUAAAAAUAAUCGAAGCUAUGUUGCAUGAACCUGAUGAAGAUUACUCCACAACAGUACAACCAGCAUCAAUUUGUCAAGCCGAACAUCAAGUCAUGGACGAGACUCAGAAGAUGAACGAACAUAAUAAUAGCAGCUAUAUUAAUGACUGCUCCAACCACCAAGAAGAGAUCAAUUGGGCUGAUGAUGUGCUCCUAGAUAUUGACGAUUUUGGUGAUAUAAUUUGCUGUUGAUCUUCACACUCUUGAAUAAUGAAUGGUGGAACCAGAACAAAGGGAAGGAGAGAGCAGCAAUCAGUUUACAACUUUAUUGAAUGAAGUUUACUCAAUGGAACUUAUAGAAAAGUAGAGCUUCCAGCUAGGUAAUAGUGUCUCAUCCGAACAAACUUCUUAAGAGAAGCUUG